AUGGUCUGCUGCGAGCGCGGACACCUUUUCGGCUGGUACCCCAUUGCGAAUGGCGGGCAGUCGGUCAAAUGGCUCGGCCAAGAAGAUGAAUCCACCUUCCUCAUCACAUUCGCCGCGUUCUCGCCCGACAGCCAUCUUCUCGCAUACCGCGGGGCGGACGGCCUCUGCCGCAUAUGGAGCUUUGAACGCGGCGCCCUGCAGGCAACGCUGAACGAAGACGCAAGCAGCGCCAACUUCGCCGUCCAGUUCGAAGCAGGCCCGGGCCCUCGCAUCGUAACAUGGCGCGGCGACGCGUACGCGCGCACCUGGGACGCCACGAGCGGGCGCGCGCUCGCGGUAACGGGCAUGCACAACGCGUCGGUGCGAGGCGCAUCGUUCUCGUCCAGCGGAAAGCUUCUGACGGUGCUGAGCGACGGGGACGUGGUUGUGUGGGAGCAGGAGUCGGAUGCGGGCUUCACGGGCUCCCGCAUACUGCUGCGUCACAGCGCGGCCACAGGGACAAUCAACAGCGCGUGCUUCUCUCCGGGGGGCCAGUUCAUCGCGUGUGCGGCGUCCGACGGGACCGUGUGCCUCUGGAAGGCAGACGACGCGGCACGCAUCCCGAGAGUCUUCAGGGUUCACGAGGAAGCGACGCUGAUUUCCGCCCUCGCCUUCUCUGCAGACAACGAGCUCCUCGCGUCCGCAGACGCAGCGGGCAUCAUAAAAGUAUGGUCCACCUCCUCGAUGAAAGCGAUCGAGCCGGCACUCCGGGCGCGGCAUACCGCCGCUGUGAACGCCCUGGCAUGGUCUCCGAGCGCGGAUCAUUGGUACUGGCUCGUGUCUGGGUCAGACGACCGGACCGUGUGCCUCUGGGACGUCGCGAAAGGCGUACGGCUGUCCUACCGGCUUGCAGGCCACAGUACCUCGGCAUCGGUCAAGAGCUUGCGUUUCUCGCCUGGGGGUGAGUUCAUUGCGGCUACAUCGUCCGACGGCAUAGUCCGUCUCUGGGAGACGCAUGACCUGACGGCACCCCCAAGAGUGUUCCGAGAGCACACUGGCAAUGCCAUCAACAGCCUGUGUUUCUCGCCGAGCGGAAACUAUGUCGCCUCCGGAUUCUCCGACGGUACUGUCAUAGCCUGGAAGACAAACGACAUCAUGUACCGGGUCGACAUGGAAAACAUCCAUAGCUGGACUGCGCAUACCGGCCCAGUUCUGGCCCUCGCGUUCAAUAACCGCAACGACAAACUGGUGUCUGCAGGUGCGGAUGGGCUCAUCGUGGUGUGGGAUAUCUGUGCCGCGGAGAGGCCUGUCGAGCAGCCAUUGUGGGGGCACACGAAACCCGUGCGCGCGCUUCAGUGGUCCGCGGUCUGGUCGGACCGGCUCGCGUCCGGCGCGGACGAUGGGACGGUACGCAUCUGGGACGUGGAUACGGGGGAGAUCCUCUCUGUGAAGAGGUGCCAUACAUCUGCUGUGAAAGAUCUUCUUGCCUUCUCCCACAACAAGUGUAUCGCGAGUGGCUCGACCUCCGGAGAAAUCGUUCUCUGGGACAUAUGCGCUCGAUCUGUUGUCAUCCGACGGUACGCUCCCAGCCAUACCUAUUGUAGCGUCGGCGCCCCUUCGUCGCCCGUCAUCUUCGCGCUCGCAUUUUCUCCUGACGCCAAGUACCUCGCAUCCGGCGGUGGCGACUGCAACGUCAACAUACGGCAUGUUCUCACGGCAACACACGUCGUAACGUUGCCAGAGAACACGGCGCCAGUUUGCACACUGGCGUGGCCGCCCAAGGGCAAUCAACUCGUAUCUGAAUCUGACGACAAACCUGCACGCCUCUGGGACACUCACACCUGGCAACAGUAG